AUGCACGUCUCAAAGCUUUUCAUCGUCGGUGCCAUUGUCACGGCCGCUGAAGCCUUCACAUGUGCCAGAGAGCUCUUCGGACAAUGCUACUUCGUCGAUGGCAACCCAGUUGGCCAGCAACAGCGCUGUGCUAUCAAGUGCGAAAACAAGUUUGGCCAUGUCAACUGUGUCUGCCCAGACUACUACCCAAAGAACAACAAAGGCUGGCCAUAUUCUGGAAAGCAUGAGUGCAUUCCUGUUGGCAUGGCGUUUAAUGCGAAGGUUGGUCCUCAUGCUAACUCAACAGGCCCUAAUCUUGUUAUAGUUCCCUACUGGGAAGAGUAUGGGUCAGAAUGA